CAAGAGUGUGACUAAUGGUGCAGGGAACCUAUCCCCUCCAGGUCAUAAAUGAGGCUUCUAAGCUAUAACUGUUGUAGAUUGGGAAACAAGCAUGUAGUUAGAGCUCUGAAGUCGCUUUUGCGAUAGGUUUCCCCGCACAUGGUCUUUCUUAUGGAGACCAAACAAACAUCAGUAGAGAAUGAAAAGUUGCGUACUGAAAUUGGAUUUGAUAAUGGCAAGAGUUGGCCGAUGGAUAGUAGUGGCGGUGGCCGUGCAGGUGGGUUAAGUGUGUGGGGGAGAACGAAGGUCAAUGCUACUUUGAUGUCUGCAUCCCUUCACUAUAUGGACAUGAAAAUUAUCGAGGAAAAUGGGGAGAUAUGGAGGUUCACGGGAGUUUAUGGAUGGUGGGAGAGUAGUGAGAAGAGGUACACGUGGGACCUUUCAUGGUGACUAUCAGAACAAUGGGAAGCUGUGUGGCGGUGACUUCAAUCAAGUCAUCAUGGGAGAAGAGAAAAGAGGAGGGCGAUCGCCAGUGGAAAUUGAUAUGAGAGAUUUUGGUGACUGCCUAACUGAUACCCUGCUCGUUGAUCUGGGAUAUUCGGGUUAUGAUUUCACUUGGGAAAACAAGAGGGCGGCUGAGGGCUAUAUAGAGGAGAGGCUUGAUCGUUUCGUCGCCACAGUUGAAUGGUACGAAAGAUUUACCAAAAGUCGAGUGCUACACUUGGACAAGACAAAUUCAGACCACAGGCCAAUAGUAUGCGAUACUUGGGGGGAUGAUGAUGUAGUAUCAAGAUGGGGUUGGAGCUUUCAAUUCGAGCCUCUAUGGACAAAGCAUGAAAAUUGUGAGAAAGUAAUAGCUGAAGCUUGGAGGGCAGCAUGAGCUCUUGAGGUGCCGAUGAAGCUUGCUUUAUGCCAUGACCAGCUUAUUAAUUGGAGCAGUAACACCUUUCCCAAAUUCCCAAAGCAAAAAGAACGUAUUAAAAGGGCCAUGGGAGCAUUGGAGAGGGCCCCAAAAAUAGAUGUUAAUAUCUAGCAAAGUAAGCAACUUGAGCAGGAGCUGGAAGACUUGGAAGAACCAGAAGAGGACUACUGGAAACAACGAUCACGAUCUGAUUGACUGACAGGUGGGGACAAAAAUACAACAUUUUUUCACAAGCAGGCUACAUAAAAAAGGAAAAGAAACAUGAUUCGGAGGGUGCAAGCAGAGAGCGGGAGGGUGGUCACGACUCAAAAUGAUAUAUCAGAAUGUAUGGUGGGUUAUUACUCCAAGCUCUUUGAGGCUGGUCCCCGCCCCGAGGAGACUCUCAUUCUGAACGCAGUGGAGGUGUUGGUGACUGCAUAGGAAAGUGCCAACCCGAUCUGUCCUGUUGAGAGGAAAGAGAUAGCCAAUUCUAUAAAGCAGAUUGGGCAACGAAAGGCCUCGGGUGAGGAUGGAUUCUCAGUCUUUUUUUUACGCAGGAACUGGAAAGUGUUGGGGGUGAUAUCGUGAAUUUGGUUACCAGCAUAAUGGAGAAAGGAGAAAUGCCGCCAGACUUAAACCAUAUGAUUUGGGUCAAAAUGCACACAUUUAUCCCCUAUUUCCUUAGAUUUUUUUAGGCGAUUUCACCCAAUGGGGUUUGGUUUUACUCUAGGUUGUGCUUUUUUUGCUACGUUUCCGAUCCUAGCAGGUAAAUCAACCCCGGGAACAAAAGUUGGAUGAAAAGGAGCAAAAAUGGGCCAAAAGGAGAGGACAACUGCAGAUCACUGUGGAAACCAUGAUUUCACGGCCGGCAAGACUGUGAAGAUCGCGCCCCGACCGUGAAGCACCAUGGUUCCAGAAGGAUUUUGCGCACCUCACUAGACCUCGACUGGUUCACGGUUGUUGGACCGUGAACACUCACCUUGGACCAUGAAGUGCAUAAGUAACACGGUGCACUUUUGAUGAAAAUCACGAUCCCCAGCCAAUGUUCACGACUGUGAACUAAGACUGUGAAAUGCCUUCGAUCUGGGUAUAUAAAGAGAGUUGAGCUGAAGGAGGAAGAGGGGGGGCUAGUGAGAUAACUUCUUAUCUUUCAAGACUUCUAGAGAGAGAAAGUGACGAGCAAGGAAGAGGAAGGAGUCUGGGGUUUCAUCCAAGCUCAAGCUUUUGGGAAUUUUCACCUUCAAUGUUGAUUUCCACACAAAAGGAAGAAAGCAUUCAUCUCCAAGAUGGUUUUCUCUUCUCUCCUUUUUGUAUUCCUUCUACCUAGCAUGGAGUAGUCCUUUAUUUCACUUGGGUGUUUGUGAACCCUAGCUAGAAACAUAUGAAAGUUUGUAUGUAUUGAAUGAUUGUGUAUGGUUGUGUUUGAAUGCAAGUAUUGAGGUAUUUUCAUGGAUGUUGUGUUGUGUUUUCCAUUUCCAACUAUUUUGCCAAUUCGACCUAGGCAGAGGGAAACUCUCUUCUUGUUAAGAGGCUUUCAAAAGCUGGGUUUCCUUGGUCUAAUUGAGUCACCUACCUACGGUAAAUUAGGGCACACCUCUUACUACGUUUAAGCACCUUCUGUUGGUUGUGAUUUAGCCGUCCAUACUUUGGUUCGAGGGUGAAGCUUGGCAAACCUUAGACGAUUGGCUAAGAGAGUUACCUAGGUAGCUUGAAUUGUGUCCCUUGGAUGAUUAUCUAAGAGAGUCACCUAGGUAGCUUGGCUUGUAUCCCCUUAGCCAAUUGAUCAAGAGAGUGAAUCCAAUUCACUUGUUGCGCUUCCCUAAGAUUAGCAACCACCUUUACCAUGCACUUUCAAAAGGUUUAACUCACCUUUAUAUCUCUCUAGGGGGAUCAACACCCAGGUGAAUCCUUCUCAACUAGUAUUCACACCAUUUACUUUUCCAAUCGCUUUAGUUUUGAAUCGCAGUUCCAACCAAAAACCAAUUGCUAGAUAAUGUUUCAAACAAUCGAAGUAGGGGUAUACAUGGUCGGCCCAGGUUUGACUUUUAAAACAUACUUGCCCUAUAUUGCACCCAAUUAAGGUUUAUACUUGGGCCUUGAUUGAGAUUUUUAUUGUGGUAUUCGGGAUGAGUCACCACACUUUGAUCACGCUAAUCCCAAAGUUGAAGUCACCCUUAGCACCAAAAGAUUACAGGCCUAUCAACCUCUGCAACAUCGUCUACAAGAUUGUGGCAAAAGUAUUGGCAAAUAGAUUGAAGGAGCUACUGAAUCAAGUUAUUUAUAAGGAGCAAAGUUCCUUUGUUCCGGGCAAAGUUAUUACUGACAACAUCAUGGAAGCUUUUGAAUGUUUCCACACGAUGAUGAAGAAGAAGAAAGGUGGAGUGACCUAUUUUUGCAGCUAAAAUCGAUAUGGCCAAGGCCUAAGAUCGUGUGGAGUGGCAAAUUUUAGAAGGGAUGAUGCUCCGGUUGGGUUUUGCUGCUGAAUGGGUUAAGUUGAUAUUUAUGUGUGUGAGCUCUGUAACGUACUCAAUUUUGAUCAACGAGCAUAGAUCCGAGGUAUUUACACCCAGCCGUGGGAUCAGGCAGGGUGAUCCGCUCUCACCCUAUCUGUUUUUGCUGCGUGCCUAGGGACUAUCUGUGGCCACAAAGAAGGCAGUUCAAAAAAAGAAACUACGAGGAUUGGAGCCUGUGAGGAGAGCCUAGUAGUCACACAUUUGUUUUUCGUCGAUGAUAGUGUAUUAUUUUGCAGGGAAACCGAGCAGGAAAUUAUUACCCUGAAGAGUAUUCUUAUAUCUUAUGAGAAAGAAUCGGGACAUAUGGUGAAUUUUCAGAAGUCGGAGCUAUCGUUCAGUGAUAAUGUCAAGCCCCAUCAAUGACUCACAAUCGCGGGGAUCCUCGACAUGCAGACUGUGGAUAAACAUGAAAAAUAUAUUGGGCUUCCAAUUGUAGUGGGUUGCUCAAAGAAAGAAGUAUUUAGUGGUAUUAAUGAAAGGGUUUGGUCAAAAGUGAAAGGUUGGAAGAAGAGGACCAUGUCAAUAGCAGGAAGAGAGACACUAAUUAAGUCAGUGGCGCAGGAUCAACUCACGUACGCAAUGUGACUAUUCAAUGUCCUCGAGAGCAUGCUGGAUGAAAUACAUAUUCAUUGGAUUAAAAGUGAAGAAUUGGUAUGUGCAAAAGCAUAAGGGGGGAUGGGUUUCUGAGAUUUGAAAGGCUUUAACGCUGCUCUACUUGCCAAGCAGCUAUGACGUCUCUACUAGCGACCACCUUCACUUGCGGCGCACAUCAUCCAAGCUAAGUAUCACAAAAAUACUACAGUCCUCGAGGCCAAGGUGGGAUAUCAACCUAGCUUUGUAUGGCGGAGUCUGAUGAGCGCUCAAAGUUUACUAGUGGAGGGUCUUCGAUGGCGCAUCGGGGAUGGAACGGAGGCCCGUAUUUGGGGAGAUAGGUGGCUGGUAGCAGAACCAUAUUUCAUAAAAUGAUGUGCCUAGAGGGUUGGAAGUAGACACUCGGGGAAGGAAGCUGAUUGACCCGGAGACUGAGAUGUGGGACACUACUCUACUUGAGGCAUGCUUAGACUCUGUCACUGUCCAAGAGAUACUUCAGAUUCCGCGGCGGGGGCUAGAGGAGAAGGAUACGCUGAUUUGGGCUGAAAAUGAGAAAGGUUUGUACACUGUCUGUGAUGGGUAUAAUUGGUUACUAAGGGAUUUCAAAACAAAGAAUGACGUAGUCAUGCAAGGUGAAGUGGAGGUUUGGAAAAAGUUGUGGAAAAUGAGUAUUCCACCAAAGGUUAAACACUUUGUCUGGCGGUUUGCGAGGAAUGCGUUGCCAACAGGAGAUUAUAUCAGUACCCAGAGUGAGAAGUGGAGCAAUAAGUGUAUGUUCCGUGA